AUGAGAUUAAUUCUCUUGAUUUAUCAAUGCCUACCAGUAUAUCGACCAAGGAUUCUACUAAAAAAUCUACUGAUUAAGUUAAUAUUCAAUAAUGAUAUGUCUGAAUUACUCGUUGAUAGCUCAAUUUCUGACGAUACUAAAUGUGUAGCUCCUUCCGAUCAAUUAGCAUCAAAAGAAGGAAUCGAUAAAAACAGCGAUGAUGUCAAAACCGACAAUAACGUCGAGUCUACAUCAGAUGAUGCUAUUAUUGGACCUAAAAAAACUACAAAAACGGUAUCAUUUUCUAACAAAAUCUCAUUUCACUACUUCUAA